AGAUUGAGGCUGCAAAUUCUUGUUAGAAGCGCAGCGAAACCUACGUUCGUUUAUAGCUUGAAGCAAUGUCCCGACAUUCAAGCAAACAUUCUAUCAACGCUAACAGGAAAUCAUCAGUAAGAAGAAACGAAGAAGAUGAUGAUGCUUAUCUCGAAGAAUGCGAAGGAAUUUAUUUAUCAGUUAUGCAGAAUUUAGAAGAAGAAAUAUCGUCUCCAGAGGAACUAAUUUUGCUGCUUCAGCAUGCAGGAUACAAUCCUUCCAAAAAGACAUUAGAAAAGUAUUGGGGUCCAAGUAUUGAUUCGUAUGAUUUCAAUCAGUUUUGCUCAAUUGUGAAGCAAGAGAAAAAGCCAACAAAGAAGGAUCUCUUAAAAGCUUUUCAAAAGAUAGAUCGUAAUGGAGAUGGCUAUAUAACACAUGACGAGUUAUUCCAAGUGCUAACCAAGCGUGGUGAAAGAAUGACAAAAUCAGAAGUUAAAAUGAUGAUUGAAGAUGCCGAUUUUAAUGGUGAUGGAAAGUUAGAUUAUGAAGAAUUCUGUGACAUGAUGGAUGCUACAUCAAAACAAUGUCGCCAGUUUUAUGCUACUGAUGUAAAACCCGAUCAAAAACAAAGCUUUGAUAAAAAGGCAAGCUUAAAUGAUGUUGUUCCUCCGCAGAGGGGGAAACCACAUCGAAAUUUAUCUAAUGUUAAGGAAGAAAAAAGAAGUAGCGUGAUGCAGGAUGAAAGAGGGAGUGAAAAGAAAACAUCUCGAUCUUCCAUAACAUCAAAACUUUCAGCAAAAGAACAAAAAAAGAAUGAUGAAGCUAAGGAUGAAAUAAAGAGAAAUGUUGCUCAGAAAUUAAAACAUGAACCUCAAGAUCUCAAUAGAUGGCAGUUUCAUUCCACAAAAGGAUGUUUUUACAAAGAAGACAAUGGCAAGAUAGAAAGUCACCACUAUCAAAUGAAAAUCACUCAACCGACAACUGUGUGGAUUACCAUUAAACCCGCUCCUCCCAAAUAUGGUAAGUUCAAUGAUGAGAUCUUGGACAGUGAUAUGAUGCUUUUUCUUGUGGAUGAAUCACACGGGAACAAACUUGUUGCCUUCACCAAUUCAUUAAUCAAUGGAAAAUAUUGCCUCCAAGCCGAUGUCAACAUUGGAGUAUACAACUUGUUGUCAUUCUCAUCUGGAAAUAAACUUUACGCAGAAGAGUCAGACAGUGGACAAGUUAGUUUAGUGAAAGGACGUGGUGAAGAUGCGAAGCUGACAAAACCAUGCAGGGAUACGUUGAUGGAAAUUUUUUAUCGUUGUGAUCUUGAUGGAAAUGGAUACUUAAGCCAAGAAGAAUUUAAUGAAUUUCAAAUGAGGGCGAGCGGAGAAGGUUGCGAUGAUGAAGCUUGGGAUGUUGUCAAAGAAACAAUUGAAGUUACUCCACAGUUUGAGAUCACACCAAAUGGAUUUAUGAAUUUGAAUCUUAUGGAAGCACGUGAUCCAGACGGGGGCCAAGACGAACUGUGGAUUACUAUCGAAAGUAUGGGUUACACUAGAAAAUUGCAGUUGACAAAGGCUUGCCCGUUUCAAGUGGAAGUAUACACAAAGCGUGGAAAAAAUGAUAUCACUUUACUUGGCGUUAGUGACGGUGGUGCACCAUUGCAAAAUGCUUUGAUGGAAUCAAUAAAAGCUGUCUCAACUGUGACGCAGAUAAGAAGCAAGAGAGAUUUAUUGUUGCACAUUGCGCAAUUUGAAAAUCGUAUUUCUGUGGCUGUUGACAACCAGUCUCACAGCAUUGUUGGUAUACAAGUGGAUUGCAAAGGUAGUGAGAAUUUAAUAAGUAAUCAGGGAAGUUUGGAAAAUGUUGAAGAUAUUGAUCCCAAAAGCAUGACGAUUAUACAUCAUCUCACGCCAGAACGAAAAAAUGAAGCGAUGUCACUGAAGUACCAAGAAAGUGUAAUACGAUAAUCCGAACGUGCUGGAUGAAUAUAUCUGUCAUUAUGUACGAAGUUGUAACUUCAUGAAGUCUCCGCCUAAAUGUAGAUUGUUUUAAAAAUUCUGCUCCGUUGUAACACUAUUUUUGAACCAAUUUUUCGCACUGGUUAUGAAAUAUAUAAAGUAUAAGUUUAUUAGCCUGACGCUCAAUGCAAGUUAUUAGUGUAAGAACGUCAAUGUGUUCCUCUCACAUAUUGUAGUGAACAAACAUGAUGCGACAUUGAUACAUAAAGUGUGCAUGCGAUACGAUGUUAUAUAUGCCUAUUUCUUAGUGUAGGGCAUAUACGAAACUGCAUAUAUUGGCUGAAUGUAUGCAUGUCUCAUCGUAAACAUAUUAAAUAGGUUUACUCCAGUCUAUGUGUUUUAGGAAUACCCGUUACUUCAUUUAUUAAUCUCUCCGUAACUCGACGUUUUACCAUAGCGCUGAUGAUGUCACUUUAAUUUUUCAGCGAGAUUCUUGUUUCAAUUCUUCCUACUUCGUAUUUUGAUGGGGUAUUAUAUGAAGUGCUAGCACUGUGUACAUGUACGUUAUUCUAAUUUUUUAUUUAUUUAAUUAUUUCUGAAAUAUUACUCAGUUUUUUGAAGCAACACGAA